GAGGGGUUCUUUGGGGUGAGCUCGCCCAUUUAACGCUCCCUCCUGGCGUAGGCAGACCCCUCGGCCUCUCUUCUCUGAGUUCGUCGGUGGAAACCGUAUUCAGAACCUCAAGAUGUCUAUCCUCAAGAUGCAGGCAAGAGAGAUCUUUGACUCUCGGGGAAACCCCACUGUUGAAGUUGAUCUCUACACUUCAAAAGGUCUCUUCCGAGCUGCUGUACCCAGUGGUGCAUCUACUGGUGUCCAUGAAGCCCUGGAGCUCCGAGACAAUGAUAAAACCCGCUACAUGGGGAAAGGUGUCUCAAAAGCGGUUGAGCACAUCAAUAAAUCUAUUGCCCCGUGCCUGAUUAGCAAGAAACUGAAUGUUGUGGAGCAGGAGAAGAUUGACAAAUUGAUGCUAGAAAUGGACGGCACUGAUAAUAAAUCUAAAUUUGGUGCCAAUGCCAUCCUGGGAGUAUCUCUGGCUGUUUGUAAGGCUGGAGCUGCAGAGAAAUGUGUCUCCCUGUACCGCCACAUUGCUGAUCUUGCAGGCAAUGAAGAAGUUAUCCUGCCAGUUCCGGCCUUCAAUGUGAUCAAUGGUGGCUCCCAUGCUGGUAACAAGCUGGCCAUGCAGGAGUUCAUGAUCCUCCCUGUUGGGGCAUCAAGCUUCAAGGAGGCCAUGCGCAUUGGAGCUGAGGUCUACCACAACCUGAAGAAUGUGAUUAAGCAGAAAUAUGGACAGGAUGCCACCAAUGUAGGGGAUGAGGGUGGCUUCGCUCCUAACAUCCUGGAGAAUAAAGAAGCUCUGGAGCUGCUAACGACUGCUAUUAGUAAAGCUGGCUAUACUGAUAAGGUGGUCAUUGGCAUGGAUGUUGCUGCUUCAGAAUUCCACCGAUCUGGGAAAUACGACUUGGACUUCAAGUCCCCAGAUGAUCCCAGCAGACACAUCUCCUCUGAGGCUCUUGGGGACCUCUACAAGGGCUUCAUCAAGGAUUAUCCAGUGGUGUCCAUUGAAGAUCCCUUUGACCAGGAUGACUGGGAAGCUUGGACAAAUUUCACUGCUACUGCAGGCAUCCAGGUGGUAGGGGAUGACCUCACUGUGACCAAUCCCAAGCGUAUUGAAAAGGCUGUGGAUGUCAAAGCCUGCAACUGCCUUCUGCUCAAAGUGAACCAGAUUGGCACCGUGACUGAAUCUCUCCAGGCGUGCAAGCUGGCCCAGUCCAACGGGUGGGGAGUCAUGGUUUCCCAUCGUUCUGGGGAGACUGAGGAUACCUUCAUUGCAGACCUAGUGGUGGGUCUGUGCACUGGACAGAUCAAGACUGGUGCCCCCUGCCGAUCUGAGCGCCUGGCCAAGUAUAAUCAGAUUCUUAGAAUUGAGGAAGAGCUGGGUGCCAAGGCCAAGUUUGCUGGAAGAAACUUUAGAAACCCUAAGGCACAAUAGGCUGCCUGUGCCUAGGAGAGCCCAGAGCUAGCUUAGCAGGCACCAAUCACCCAAGUAGAUGUCUGCCCCAAGCACCAGACCAGGGCCUGUGCUGCUUACUGCUCCUCCUCCUCUCCUCCAUGUCCCCCUGCUAUGUUAGAAGUGUCCUACCAGGCUGUACCUGAUCCCCCAGCACUGCUGGAAGCCCUUACUCUGUGACACCCCCAGCCCUUUGUGGCCACGUGUGGAGCCAUGUACUUGUCAUUGCAGGCCAGAUCCUUAGUGAAUUUUAUGUGCAGAAUAAAAGUAUUCAGUAACCCGGUGAAA